UUAUAAUGUGACCAUGAAGACAUUCUGAGGUGUUUUUUGAAGACAAUGUUGGUGCAUGUGACUUUGGGACAAAAGCUUAUUUAUUAUAAUUCACUCCAGGCUGAUGUCAACACCUCAGAAUGUAAAUGCUACAAGUGAGACUAACUGGCUGGACGAGUUCACAUAUUUUCUCUCACAUGUUGCUCGUGUUUUCUUUCAGAAUUGGCAAAAGUGGUCAGACACAACUUAGCUGCAGACAUACAAGUUCUGUUUAGUGGCUCUGAUUCAGCUGCUACAUUUUAAACGCUUUCACACGGAGAAUACAUGGAGGUGAGAGAUAACCACGUUGGUGGGCAAAAUGAAGUCGCCUCAGGAGAGCGAGAGCCUCAGAUUGAGAAAGUCCUGAAGAGAGUGUCUCUACGUCACUUUAACAGCCUAUGCAAGGAGAAUAUCUUACUCAAUCGUUCCUCUAAUGGUACACAUACUUCAGGUAGUCAGAUCACGCAGAAUGGAUAUCUGAAAUCAGUGAACCCAUUUCUACAUCCAGAUCAGACUGCAGUCAAUGGACUCAGCUCAACAUCCACGAACCCAUUUACUCAAGGCAAAGACUCCAAUGGAAACACUGUUUUCAGAGACAACAACAAAGACUUAAUAUUAAGAGAUGGACACAUUAAUGGGUGGUCUUCUACAUCUUCUACGCCAUCACUUGAGAAUGACUGGGCUAUUUUCCCACCUACUAAUCUAAGCCAGGAAACAACCCAAAUCACAUUUCCUAAUAAAAAAUGGGACAUAUUCCAAGAUUCACACUCUGCCAGAAUUUCCCCAACUGGAUUAAGCAAUCAGAAAGCAAACAUUUUUGAACCUUUUAAAGAGGAAACCAGUGUCUUCCAGAGAAUGGUGGCCAAUGAGAAAACAUCAAAUGAGAGGGCUUAUCUCCUAGAAUACAUACAAACCAAUCAAAAGAAUGAUGAACAACCCAUUCCUUCUACCACAGCAUCCAAUCAGUUGGAUAUUUUUGAAGACUUACCUAGUUUUUUACCUUCUCAAGUAAUCAGUGAUGACAUUUUCCCAAACACUGCUGCAUCUCAGUCAUUUGAAAGAUAUCACACUCCUGAGUCUAGUGUAAAGAACAGAGUAUUUCAAAAUAUCCAAUUAUUUGAAACCCUAGCAUCUGUCCAGAAUGAUAAUUCUCACUUAUCCAAAAAUUUCUCUAUGAAUAAUGGACAGUUCAAGCCACAGAACAGCCACGUUGACAAAAUGUUCAUGCCUACAGACCUGAGUCAAGGAAUAUUCCAGGAGACUUCCACAUUGCUUUCACCUCUUAAUGCAUCAACAAAUGGAGGACUGUUGUUUAGAAGACAACCCCCCAAACCAGCCCCACGCAGUAAGGCUCCAAAGAAUCAGAAUCAGAGUAUCAACCAUGACAUUAUUUCCACACCUGCUGUAUCUGUACCUGCUGAUCAGAAAGCUGCACAGACUCUGUUUACAUCUACCCUGCCAACUCCCAUAUCCAUACCCAUUGUGCCACGACCUUUAACUAAUAUCCAGGACACCAUUCUAGCUGAUGAGAAAAACCAGAGCCAAGUUUAUGAGGACGUUCUUUUCAUUGGCCAGGAGAAGUGUGUAGAGGACUGGCCAGAGGACAGCCCCGAGCUUAGCCCUGACUGGAAACCUGCUGGGAAAUUUAAAUUAAGGAGGGAGUCUCUGAGGAUUUCCCUAGAAUCUGAGGCAGCGCUCAAUGCAAUCUCUCUUGGGAAGAAAUCUGGCAAAACAAGAAUGAAGUUGAGGAUCUCUGGAAGAGGAUCAAAGGAUAAAUCAGGAGAUGACCCAAGGGUUCAGCAAAUAGACACAGUUCCCCAAGAGUCAAAGGAAAACUAUCCUGACAGCUUAAAUGGUGCCUAUGGUGAUACUAUGCCUUGGGGGACAAAGUUCCAUUCAUCAGAUGACCAUUUCUUGCCUGAACAAGAAGACCAGAAUGCAAGAAUGAAGAGCAAAUCAGUGAAGAGUAAAAAAACAAAAUUCAUAGUUCCUCAUUUGCAAUACCGAGAAUCCAAGAAAAAAACUUUACGUGAAGUUUUUGAAGAUGGAUCACAGUUUGUGCCAGCCUCCAAGAGUGAACUGAUUCAGGAGUCAUAUGAAGACAGGUCAAGGAACAGUGAAGAGCCAGUGAUGAAAGACUACAGACCGAAGAAACCACUGAAAUUGAAACCCUCUCUGUCUCACCAACUACCCAAGGAUGCUAAUGAAGAUGAUAUGAAGAAGAUGAAUGGCCUUUCGUUUUUGGAGGAAUCAAAGGAAAACUUGUUUGUAAGAGCUGAGAGGGAAAAUCAUUGUGUCUCUACUGACUUACUUGCAGAGUACCAGCAUGAGCAGUUUUCUCCAAAAUCUUCAGAGAGCAGUGGAAAAAUACAAGAAUUACAAGACUAUCGACCGAAGAAACCUAUUAAAUUCUCAUUUCUUCACUUGUCUCGGAAAGGAUCGAAGAGUACCCUGGAGAAUGAUAUCCCACAGAAAGGUGCUGAUUUGUUUAAAGCCAGUGACAUUCGUGGAUUGGAAAUCAAUCUAUCUGAAGAUUAUAGUGAGAUGAGGAAGUCACCUGUACAAAGGGUUUCACCAAUAAUUCGGAGAGACUCAAAGGUCGUAAAUGAUGCAGAGAAAGGUGCAGACCUUUAUAAAUCAGGAGACAUUACAGAUAAUGACUGGAUGGAGAAUCAUACCAUGGACUCAAAAACAGAGAAGCUGAAAAAAGCAUGUCUGCCAAGCAGCAAAUCAAAGGCUAAGGACCAAGUGUGCUUUCCUGAAGACAUUGAACCACUAGGUGCUACUUCUGGUGAUUACUACCUUUCAGAAGCAGCUAAGGCUGAGUGGAUGUCUUCCCAGAUGGAUGUGAGGAGAGCAAGAGCACUGGACGAAGACAAGGAUCUGGAAGGAGUGAAGGAGGAGGAGGAAGGGGAAGGCGACACUGACAGUCUGAUGGAGUGGUGGAACACAGUAGAAUUAUGGGAUGAACUGCCACCAGAUGAGGAAAUCAGUGUAAAGGAGGAUGAGACUAAAUCUUUCACUGAGAUUGCUGACAAAGUCCACCGUGGUCUCAGAGUUUUCUAUAAAGUUUUCACCGAGCAAGCCGAAGUCCUGUACCUGCAUGUGCUGCGCCUGUACGCCAUUGGGGAUGAUAUCAGCAACUUCCACCGUCACGCUAAGAUCGCAAACAUCACAGGAGGCACAACCACAGCUGUGGGUGGUGUAGCAGCCAUCGCUGGCCUGGCACUGGCUCCUGUUACACUUGGUGCUUCUCUGAUUGUGUCUGCUGUUGGGCUGGGAGUAGCAACGGCAGGUGGGAUCACAGCAGCUUCGGCCACCAUAUCAGACAAUCUCCAUGACAUGAACGACCGUAAGAAGAUCGAGGUGGUGGUUCAGGACUAUGAGACCCGUUUAGUGGAACUACGGCGCUGCCUGCGCUUUGUGGCUGAAGGUGUUCGCCGAUUGCGCUUCCACCCUCUGCUGCGCCGUAAUAAUUACUACACCGGUGACUGGGAGGUGCGGCGAGCGCUUCAGACCAUUAGCCUGGUCGGAGAACCAGUAGAGCAGGCCGAGGACAUGGUGGAGAUGUCCACAAUGGCCCUGAACAGUGUGUGCAAAGGCAUGGACAAUUACUUUAGCAAGGAUUCGAAGGAGCUGAAGAAGGGCUGCAAGAAGGAGGUGACAAUGCAAGUGAAUAUGUUAGCUAAGCUGCUGCAUGAAGGCUUAGUGAAACUCAACUCCAUACGAGAGCAGCUAAUGGAAGCUACUGGACAAGUUUAGAAUGGGAAAUAGAUAAACAAAGAAUUAGAACAGCAUAAACUUUGCUUAUUAUCUAAGUGUUAUCUAUGGCUGGUCACAUGCUACACAUAAUGGAAAAGUGUGAUUCAGUUCCUUCUACUAUUGUUUCACAGUGUAUUAACUUAAGAAGAGACCUGUGACUUCCAUGCCUUUGUACCGGAAAGAUAACAUGUCCAAUAUGCAUAUAAAAUAAGAA